AUGAUCCUACCCAAAUCGCCCUUUAACUGCUCCGAAGAAAGGCAAGAGACGAAAGAAGAUGACGAUAAAGACCUUAAAGAUACACUGGAGGACCAAGAAAAGGGGGCGAAGGGAGAGAGAGAUUUAGGACGAGGACUCCGUUUACAGCCAUCUGGCUUCAAAAAGCCACCUGGUCGCAAAAAGCCACCUGGCCUCAAAAAGCCACCUGGCCUCAAAAAGCCACCUGGCCUCAAAAAGCCACCUGGCCUCAAAAAGCUACCUGGCCUCAAAAAGCCACCUGGCCUCAAAAAGCUACCUGGUCUCAAAAAGCCACCUGGUCGCAAAAAGCCACCUGGUCUCAAAAAGCCACCUGGCCUCAAAAAGCCACCUGGUCUCAAAAAGCCACCUGGUCUCAAAAAGCCACCUGGUCUCAAAAAGCCACCUGGUCGCAAAAAGCCACCUGGUCUCAAAAAGCCACCUGGCCUCAAAAAGCCACCUGGUCUCAAAAAGCCACCUGGUCUCAAAAAACCACCUGGUCUCAAAAAGUCACCUGGCCUCAAAAAGCCACCUGGCCUCAAAAAGUCACCUGGCCUGGAAAAGCCACCUGGCCUGGAAAAGCCACCUGGCCUCAAAAAACCACCUGGCUUCAAAAAGCCACCUGGUCUAAAAAACCACCUGGUCUCAAAAAGUCACCUGGUCUCAAAAAGCCACCUGGUCUCAAAAAGCCACCUGGUUUCAAAAAGCCACCUGAUCUCAAAAAGCCACUUGCCUCAAAAAGCUACCUGGCCUCAAAAAGCCACCUGGUCUCAAAAACCUAUGUCUAGGGUAAAGUGA